UAGCAGUACAUUUCUGAACAGCAAAAUCGCAGCGCGGGCGGCCAGAACCAGAUGUGUCCACGAUAGUGGCCUGACCCUGCUGUGAACGUAGAGCUUAGUAGCCAGCAUGCCUGCAGUUAGGAAUGUUUGCAGCCGCGCCUCGCUGAGGAGGAGAAGAGGGGGAAUGUGAAACACAAGAGUGCGGAGCAGAAUCGCGUGGAGGGAGGAGGAGGAGGAGGAGGAGCGGGAAGUGUGUCUUUCGCGCUGGAGCCAGUGUCCCUCCCCUCAGCGUUGAGACCGAAGCGGCGGCGCUCCUACGCAGGGGAAAUGGGGCGCUGAGACAACGGCUGGCCGGAUUACUUCUGACAAAACAGCCAAACAAAAGAGAGCAGGACAGAGGGCGGGACGCGCCUCGCGAUGUCCCGGCGGAGUUCGGUGGGGGACCUGGUGCCCAGGGACAUCACAGAGAUCCUGGCGCGGGAGAGCAAGGCCAACAAGAGCAAGAGGAAGCAGGGGGCGCCCUUCAGCCGGGCCUUCAGCUGGCUCAGGGGCACCAAGAGGAAGGGCGGCGGCAACGGGCAGAGCCGGGGCGGCCGCGCGGGCGAGGGCAGGGCGGGCAAGCAGAGCCCGCAGGACCACGGCUCCGCUAAAGCUGUAUCGAAGCAGGAGGAUGAGAGGAAGCUCACGGUCCACUACACGGCCUCCCAGCACUACCAGGAGAACGUCUUCAUUGAGGGGAGCCGGCCUCAGUACCUGGAGGACCUGCACACUGAGGCCCAGGAGGGUCUGAAGAUCCUGCAGCAGGAAGGACACAAUAAUGGCGCCGAUUAUGGGGACGACCAAAGUAUAAGUUCGGCUGCGGCACGUCUGCAGCCAGAGGAGGAUGCCGACGCCCAGGAAAGAAAAGGUUCCCUGGAGUCGGGUAGCACUGCUGCUGAGACGGUAUCGACCGGGUCGACCGCGCCUACACGAUCAGCGCUGACACGACAAGGUUCCACAUUCAAGCCGCUCAACCCUGUGAAGAGGCUGGAUAAGAGCAGAAAGAGGAGCAGGAGGACCACGAUAAUGGGAAUACCGCACCAUGUCCAGAAAGAGCUGGGACUGGAGAGAGGACACUUGUUUAGACAAAAUGUAGAUGGACAGCUACGGAAUGGAGGUGAAGGUAUCCCUGGCAUUGUAGUCAUCCCAACAAUCGAUGGAGAGGUCCCGGUGGCUAAUCACGAAGGGGCACGAGUGCACCUCCAAGACCUUGAGGCCCUGCAGUCUUCCAGAGAGGAGGAACUCCUGAAGCAUCACAUCCAGGCGGUUUACAGGGACGACCUGGCGCUCAAUCACAAGAACCCGGGCCUGUCGCCCAUACAGAGGCCCAAAUCUCUGGCCGUGCCGGGCCUGACCACCAGCAACUCCCUACAGGAGCCCCAGGGCCCCGUCAUGUCCAUCUCACCCCAGGCCACGUACCUGUCCAAGAUCAUCCCCAAUGCCGUCAUGCCGGCGGCGGUGGAUGUGAUCGAGAUCAGCCGCAGUCGCAGCCGGAGCAGUGUGCGUACGGUCAGCAAGAGCAGCCUGGCGACGGCCAGUCCGGCCUCUUCGCGUUCCAGCGCCCCGCACGGCCUCUCUUCUGCCAGCUCCAACUGGAGCCACUCGCAGUCUUCUGAGACCAUCAUCUCCAACUCCUCCACCAUCUCCUCAAAGGGCAGUGCCCAUGCCUCUAAUGACACAGAGGAGGCCGGGGAGCCCUCUCAGCAGACAGGCACAGACCAGGCGAGCAUCAGCAGCUCCAUCAGCUGGGUCAGCUCCGACAGCACAGCCAAGCACAGGGCCGAGGCAGGGGUGCCCAGCUCUAGGGAGGCAGACGAUGCAGAGAAGCUCCACAAUGACAGAUCCUUUGUGCGCAGCAUGUCCAUAGUAAAAACCAAAAUGCCACCAGCACCACCCAGGAGGACGUACUCCCUGCACCACGAAAAGAUCAAGCGGCGCUCCCGAGAGUUCAUGGUUACCAAGGGCAUUUCUGAUUCCAAGGGUGCUGAUGGGAAUAUGCCCCGGGCUAAGGGAGGGAGUAGCCGCAAUGCAGUGGAGGAAGCUCUCUCACCGGUUACUCCUGGUAGUGCUGGAAGCCCUGCCUACUCUGCAGACUCCAGCUCUUUGGAAAACUCCAGGUCUUCUGCGGCCAGCAGUCCACUGAGUGCUGACCAGGCAGCCAAUAGCAAGGGUACACCAGCAGCGCCUCCACUCUCCAGUGACUCAUCCCCCCAGAAACUGCCCUCUCCACAAAACAGGUUUGAAAGGACCAUGUCGCCCUCCAGUGGCUACUCCAGUCAGAGCGGCACCCCCACGCUCUCUGCCAAAGACAUCUGCCCUCCCUCCCCGGAGAAAAAGAAGGCUCAGCCUGUUAAACCAGAGAGAGCAGGCGCCCGGUCAUCCCCUGCUCCAUCCAUCUCAUCCUCAUUGACAUCCCUGUCUUCUGGUGCAUCUGAUCCCACUCACCAGGAGACGCCAGCUAACCACCUGCCCGGACAGAUUCCCAAGCCUUCCCCUCCUGCUGUUGCAGUGAGCACCAAAGUAACCCCUGCGCCUGCAGCAGUCAUGCUCAGGGAUAUGCUUGACAUUCCGCCACCCCCGAAAGUCAAAGCACCUUCUCCCCCGCCCCCCGAGACUUGGAUGCAGAACAAACGCACAUUUGAGUUGUUAUGUGGUUCAAAUGCCUUCGUCGCCAGGAUUGCUGCACUGCAAAACCAACCGCAGAGAAAGGAACCCCUUCAGGUACAAAAUCCAGAUGCUCCCAAAGCACAAAGUAAGGAGCUUAGCUUAGUUGGUACACAACCCCAAGAGCAGGAAGAGACAGCGGUACUGUCUGGACAGGAGGAGUGCCCGUUGCUAAGCAAAGAGGGGCCUAUGUCAGCACAAAAACCUGAUCAUUCAGUGGAAUGUGCCAGUGAGUCACUGCCACGGACUGAGGCAAGUCUGGAAGUCCAGAUGAAAGAGGAUAAAAGUUCUGUAGUUGAAGAGAAGGAAAAAGCAAGUUUAGUGAUGCAGAGACUGGAAGAUGAAGGUCCAGUCACCCAGCAGAAGGAAAAAGAAAGCCCAGUAGUAUUGAAGAAGGAACCUCCUCCUGUCAUGAGAAAAACUAUUCCAGUGGUACAUAUAAAGGAACCAGAGAAGGUUCUGGAAAGCCUGUGUGUGCAGCCAACAGAGACUUCCAUAGAGGUGAAGAUCCACACUCCCCUUCAGGAGGAGAUGUUUGCUGUACAGAAGGAAGAAACUACCCCUAAUGAUACAGGCAAGAGUCUCAUUACAGAGCAGACAUCUAGUCUUCAAUCAUCCAUGCAAACUCUUUCAGUAGAUGCUCCCAAACUAAGUGGGGUUUCUCCACCUCCUUCCCCACCCCCUGCCCACCAUCCUCCACCACCUCCUGCAAAAAAGACCACUAACACUUCAGUGUCCCGUUCCAUGCUGGAGGACAACAUGGAAACCCCAACAGCAGAGAGCUCUUGGCCUCCUCCCCCUCCUCCAAUGGUGGAGUCAUCUGGAGUACUCUUUGAGGAGCAGGAUGAUCUAGACUUCCCCCCACCCCCACCCCCUAUUUUACAAGACCCUCUGCUUGAGAGUGUGGAGGGCUGUCCUGUUAUUACUGAGAUUCAUGAGUUCUCUGUGACCUCUGAAGGAUCUAUUAAAACAGAAGAAUCAACCCCAGAAGCUACUAGCAACCCAACCUUGAUCAAUUCAUCCCAUUCAGAUACUUCUGUAUAUGUUCAAAAAUGUCCUUCCCCACCUCAGUCUUAUGAGAAUAAUGACUGUUCUUCGCAGAAAGACCCUCUUCUGCAAAAUGAACUCUCUCAUCCAGCACAGGAAGGCUCUCUUCUCCAAAAGAAAGUCCUACCUCCACCACAGGAUGUACACCAUCUCCAAGGAAAGCCUGUUCCCACACUCCAGGAAUACAUCCCACCCCCACCACAAGACGCUCCACCUCUACCACCUACAGAACCUGAGAUGACCCCAUCUGCUCCACCUGUAAAUUCAACCCUUGAACCCUCUAUAACCCUUCCUCCUCAAUCCUCUAUGAAUGUCCCCUAUGCACCCCCUUUGCCUGUUGAAAACCAGACUUCUGUGAACUUUAGAAGACAUUCAAGUUUUGCAAACCGAGCAAGCAAAGACCAACUGUCGCGGACUAAGAGUGUACCCAUGCCCAAGGAGGAUGCUAACAUUCCCCUGGUCACACCUUCCCUUCUCCAGAUGGUUCGCCUACGUUCCGUCAAUGUUGGCGACGAACAGGUUUUAGCUCCAUGUGACAAUGGCAAACCCGGCGAUGGAACCAGUCCCAGUCCAGACCAAAACCAAGGCCAGGCUUUCAGCCAGAGUGUGCCCCAGAAGCCCAUCCGCAAGUCCCUGUCGGUGAAGUCCCCAACUGGCACUGCCGCCUCCCCCUCAAUGCGUCUGCAGGAGGCCAUUCGUAUGAAGACAGCAGCUAUGUCUUCCAGAGGUGGGCUCCCAGCCAGGCUCAGCCUGCGCUCCCCCGUGUCUUCAGCCAGCAGCGGGGAGAUGGGGGCGCGCUCCCCAAAGUUACAAGAAGAAGGAGAUCUUCAGAAAUCCCCAGCCUCUACUGCCAGCUUUAUCUUCUCCAGGAGUACAAAGAAGGUCGUCAUUGAGACGCCUUCAACAGCCGAGGCCCAAUCCAACCUCAAACAGAGCCUUGUGGCCGAGCUCAUGCAGGUCUCCGACCAAACCAAAUUAGUAUCCGCCAAUGGCAAGCCCAGCAUCCAGAUGAAGAAGCCGGGAAAAGUGCCUCCGCCUGUCGCCAAGAAGCCAGUGCAUGGACCAAACCUUUCUGAUAAAGCAGUGCACUCCACUGAAAACACAGGGAACUCCCGGUGCGAGCUGAGCAGUUCCUCUCCCCCGGGGACUGAAGCCAACGGACAAACUGAAGGAGUGCAACCUGCUGGCCAGCAAGCACAAUCUGAGGAGGUCCAAAACACAACAAGUCAUCAAGAAACAGCGAACACCGUAAAAGUGACACUUGGCUAGUGAAUCAGUGUCCAUCCCAUGGGGAAUGACCAAUCAGAAAAUCAGGAAUACUCAAGAGGACUCACAAAUGCACACAGAGAGACAGAGAUCAAGAUACACACCGAAAAAGGAGGCAACUGAAAGACCUCAAUGGAAGAAGUCUUAUUAAAAGCCUUAGCCUUAAAAUGGCCUUCAUAUUUAUACAACAAAUGGUGUUGGUCUUUAAAUUCUUUAAUAUUAUAGCUUUAUUUUGAAGUAUUUUUCUAAACUGUAGAAUCUUUCUGCUCUGGAAACACAGCAAGAAGUAUGCUAUUGAGUAGGUGUACUCCAGUUGGAUUUUAUAAAUUCCCCAUUCCAUAUUUGACUGCAAGAUUAGGUCGCCAUCUUGUGGCUGUAAUGGGAGGUAACCACUUCUGCCAAGUUCAGAAAGAGAGAGGGCUAAGUCUGCGUGCUUUGUCGUUAUGUUCUUGUAUAUACCUAAAACUGUAUUUUUUUCCUAAAUAAAAUAUCACCUGAAAAACAUGCACUAUUCCUUUUUGGAGUGUAGCUGAAAUAAUGCUAAUCACAUAAAUUUUUGUUUAGUUUCUUUCCUAUUAUCUACCCUGAAAAGCAAGUAUAUUGUUCCAAAAUUUUAUCCAUUCCAUUUCCAUAAUUUAUUUCUAUCGUAUGGUUAGUGAAAUAGCUAAAUACUUAGCUAUUUCGUAGCUUAUUCCUUUAUUUGUAGUGAAAUAAGUAGUUAUAUAUUACACAUUUUUAUAUCACUCUUUUAAGACUUAACAAAAAGGGAUAAUGCAUAUUUUUUGGAAGAAAAAAUCAAAUAUUUGAGCUGUCAAUCAAGAAAAGCACUUUGUAAGGUAAAUAAGCUGCACCACGUAUGCUGGAAUCGGCAUGGCAGUGUUUCAGUUGAGAUGAUAUUAUGGUUCAGAGACUAAUAUUAAAAUUGAAUUAGCUGCUUCAUAGUUUAACUCCAGGGCAGGAGUGUACAAAGCAUUGUAACACUGUUACCACUGACAACACAAAUGACAGUGCUUGGGAUAUUCACACAUUUUUUGACUUUCUCAUUUUAUAUUUGUAUGUUCUAUUUUGAGUAUUUUGUCCAUGAAAUUAAUGAGACUACUUUUUCAGUAUGUCGAUAUCAGGCAAUGAGCUUGAUAUAUUAUUUUGAUUCAGUGUUUCCUAAAAACUCCAUUCCUGUAGCAGGUCUUCACCACUGUGCAUGCUGGCUUUGGACAGCGCUUGGUCUGGGAUGGACAUGUAGCUAGAGCUGUAAAAGGCCUGCCUCUUAGAAAUCAGGUGCCCCUGACCACAUGUAAGUGCAUGCAGAACUUUUCUCUUGAGGAUAAUAUGCAGACGUUCAUAUCAAACCUGCGUGCUUCUGUGCACUUGUAUGAACUUUGUACUUUUAUAUGGUUCUUUUAGUUUGUUUGUUUCACUGUUAAAGCACACGGUCAUUUUAAAGAGUCUUGUUUGCUUCAAAUGUACAGAUGCAUUAUGGGAUUCAACUGUCCCUGACUGCACUCAUCUGGGUAUUUGGACAGGGCUGCAGCACAGAGGCGUACCAUCGGUCUGUGGCAAGUUUGUCCCACCAUGAGAGAAACCAGGGGAGACAAACUGGUGGCCCUGGCCAUAGAUGUAGAAGUCCAGUCCUUUCUAUUCCCUAAUGACCAAGUAUAUGCAAGAUUUGUAGGUUUCAAUCAGCAAGCAAUAGAUCAUUCAAAUGUCGCAAACAGGUGGUGUAGAAAUGGUUCAGCCUCACUAACCUAUUAGGACCAGAGAUACAGUGUGAAAACUCUCAGUUCUUAAUGAUCUGGAAUGCCACACCCCAGGGUAAACCUGUUCCAAACAGGUCCCACGCACAAGAUUAGCAUCCCAUUGCAAUUUCCAUCACUUCUACAAGAACAUUAUAUUGUGGUGUCAUAAGCCCAUAAUUUCACUAACUGCCAGAGAAAAAAACAGGGAUGGUGGUUCGAAUUUGCUGUAGAAAGGGGAAUUCCCAAAAGGUUGUGACAUAUGGAAGGGCCAGAGUAGCAUGCAGAGAACCGUUUGUCCAGUUUUGCUCCUUGCAACAAGUAUUAAAUUCUGUUUCUUUUCUACUGUAUAUCCACUGGAGAACUGUCUUUCUUUGAUGCAGUAUUGCACAACUGUCCUGGCAAAAAUCAUUUAAAUGAAAACAUGUUAGCUUUGAUCUUGUCUUCCAAGGCUAAAAUUGCAAUACCUUCUGCCUUGGAAAUAUAAAUUUAAUAUUGAAAAAUAUACAAUGAUAAUGUACAGUUGCUAUGUCUUUGUUAAGAAAAAAGAGAGUAUAAAUAAAAUUCUUUAGAACUCA